GAAUGCAUCACAUCAGUACUGGUUCCUCCCAACCACCACUAACUCGUUUGAAACAGCACAUGAAGCUAUCAAGUUAGUUAUCAAGAAGUUAUCAAUUUCGUCAAGGCAACGUUUAAACUGGUCACUUCUGUCGAUGUUUCAAUUUUGUCAAGUAACCAGUUGGUUUGAUAGAGGGACGUGACGAGGCGGCGAAGUCUCCAACUCUAAGCUAAAUUCGGCAGAAUGCUAAAAACAAAAGUUACGCUAGCUCGCUUGUGUCCUCCAAACGAUUUAUUUAUUUCUGAUUGAGUGAAUGGACAAUGAGAAAGCAUGGUGCUCUUGCGGGAAGGGAUGUGUCCGGGACUGGAUGAAGAUUUAUUGCGCCGUUUGCGGGAUGCUCACGUUAAAACAGUGGAAGAUCUGGUCUCAUCGGACAUGGAGGACCUCGCACAGAAAAGUUCGGCGUCAUAUAAGGCUCUGAUCGCCAUUCGUAGGGUGCUGCUGGCCCAGCACGCCGCCUUCCCCGUUUCUGGUGCCGACCUCUACGACGAGGUGCUCAGCGCCACCGCCAUCCUCUCCACAGGAAACCCAGACCUGGACACGCUGCUGGAUUCUGGCGUGUACACGGGUGAGAUUACGGAGCUGGCAGGUGGGCCAGCAAGUGGCAAAACUCAGGUGUGUUUGGGCGUGGCGGCGCAUGUUGCGCAACACCUGAGGCAAAACGUGAUCUUCGUGGACACCACGGGGGGACUGUCGGCGAGACGCCUGCGCCAAAUGCUGCAAACCCAAACAAGCAGCCACGACGAGCAGAUGGAAGCCCUGCAGAGGAUCGCCGUGCAUCGCGCGUUCGACAUCUUCUCCCUGCUUGACUGUCUUCAUCGUCUCGGCGACGGCGGCCUUCGACAGGUGAGCGCCAGCGGAGGCUCCGUCAAGGCGCUGAUUGUGGACUCGGUGUCGGCCGUCAUCGCUCCUCUGCUGGGAAGCAGGCAUCAAGAACGCAUGUACAUGAUGAGCCAAGUAGCCAUCACCCUCAAGACCAUGGCCAAGAAUUUCAACAUAGCUGCUUUGGUGAGGAGGAACACACACACACUUACACACGUUGUAGGAUGUCAUUUAGUCGUGAGUGCGACAUCCACAGGUGACCAAUCACGUGACGCGGAGCGAGGAGGGCAAGGUGCAGCCUGGCCUGGGCGUGUCGUGGAGUCACAUCCCAAGAACCCGAGUCCUGCUGGAGCGACUUUCGGAAGCCAGCAGCCGGCCCUCUCUACGCUCCGCCACUCUCAUCAAGUCCUCCAGGCAGCCAUGUUUGAUCCAAGCCAAGUUGGACCUUCAGUGUUGGAGUUGCUCCGAACACAACACUUCAGGAGAGAAAAAUCUGGACGCGGCAAAUUCUUAACAACCAACUAUCUCAUAAAGGACACUGGGUAAAUUUACACUCUGGAAUACAGACACAACAUUAGCCAGGAGACCUUCUGGAAUUCUUUCUGGUGUCACCUCACAUUUAACAAUCACAAUAUUGUUAUUUUAAUCAUGUCAAAUUCACCAAUAUUCUUGAAAAUGUAUUUUUUUUCCUGCAGAUAUGAAUUUAUUGUUGUAAUAAAAUGUGUAAAAAUCCAAA